CUCCAACUCCUGACUCUGCUUGGCCAACCUCCUUACCUGUCCCUGGGUUUGACUUGCACUUUCUACUCAGGUCUCUCUCCUCUGAGGUAGGAAAAGACCAUGGGCAUUAUGGAGGGAUAACACAUACCUAAUGAAGUAUGAAGCAGCAGAUUUGAAGCCUGAGCAACAGAAGUCAGCAUCCCCAACCCAACUAGGCUUAACUAGCCUCACGGAAUCCAAUCUGAGACUCUUGGAUUUCUGGGCUUGCUACAGUGCUGACCCUAGAAUCCUCUUCAACGCCAGCCACAAUGCUAUGUCAGGCAUUUCACAGAUUUGGUCAAAAGCUGAUACGCAGACGUAUCCUGCAGCAAGACAUGGCUGAAGCUGCCCCUACCAGAAGCCUGAGCACUCUGGAUUUAGUGGCCCUGGGUUUGGGUCACACAGUGGGUGUAGGUGUGUAUGUCCUGGCUUGUGAGGUGGCCAGCAAUCAAGCAGGACCAUCCACUAUGAUCUGCUUUUUGAUGGCCGGUCUAUCUUCUGUGUUGGCCGGGCUGUGUUUUGCAGAGUUUGGUGCCCGGGUUCCCUAUUCUGGCUCUGCAUAUCUCUACAGUUAUGUCACUGUAGGUGAACUCUGGGCUUUCAUCACUGGCUGGAACCUCAUUCUGUUUUUUGUUGCUGGUACAGCCAUCGUGUCCUGUGCCUGGACCUUAGUUUUUGACAACCUCCCUGGGAAUGAGAUCUCUCAGACCCUGCGUGAGAGCAUCUCACCCCAUGUUCCCCAUGUUUUUGUAGAAUAUCUUGACUUUUUUGUUGUGGGCCUUGUGUUGUUAUUCAUUGGAUUGCUGACUUUGAGGAAUAGUGAGAUUUUCCUUGUUACCAAAGUGUUCACACUGCUGAAAAUUUUGGUUCUUGUUUUUUUCAUCACCUCUGGCUUCAUUAAGGGGGACCUGCACAACUGGAAGCUCACAGAAGCAGACUAUGUAAAGGCUGGAUUCAAUGACACCUCAAGCUUGGGGACUCUGGGGUCUGGAAGAUUUGUGCCUUUCGGCUUUGAGGGGAUUCUCCGUGGAGCAGCUACCUGUUUCUAUGCAUUUAUUGGUUUUGACAAUAUUGUUACCAGAGUUGAAGAAGUCCAGAAUCACCAGCGUUCCAUUCCCAUGGGGAUUGUGAUUUCACUAUUCAUCAGCUCUUUGAUGUAUUUUGGAGUCUCUGUGGCACUUACGCUUAUGGUGCCUUACUACAAGAUUCAACCUGGGAGCACUUUGCCUGAGGCAUUUCUUCUUAUUGGCUGGGCCCCUGCCUACUAUGUUAUAGCUUUUGGAUUCCUCUGUAGUCUUUCUGCCAGCCUCUUGGGCUUUAUGUUCCCCAUACGUCAGGUAAUACAUGUGAUGGUGAAGGAUGGCCUCCUGUUCCCUGUCCUUGCCAGGGUCCAUACUGGCACAUACACCCGCAUUGUGGCCACUGUGAUCUUUGGCAUUAUUGCAGCAAUCAUGACAUUCUUUUUUGGACUCACUGAUCUUGUGGACCUCAGGUCAAUUGUGACCCUGCUGACUUACUCCCUGGUGGCAGUUAGUGUUCUCAUCCUCCGAUAUCAGCCUGAGAUGCAGAAUGAGGGAAAUAAAGCAGAGGUGCAGGAGGACAAUAGACCUUCAGCAGAGCAGCUGACUCUACAGGGACUAUUUUUUCCAUGCAGCUCCACACCUACUCCACUCUCUGGCUGGAUUGUCCGUGUUUGCUCCUCACUGCUUGCUCUGCUGCUCACUCUUCUUUGCCUGGUGCUGGCCCGGUGGCCAGUUCUGCUUUCUGGAGACCCACUGUGGAUUUCAGUGGUUGUGGUGCUCCUGGUGCUCAUCACUGGGCUCACUGGGGUCAUCUGGAGACAGCCUCAGAGCUCCAGUCCCCUUUACUUUAAGGUCCCUGCUCUGCCUCUCCUCCCACUACUGAGCAUCUUCAUGAAUAUUUACCUUAUGAUGCAGAUGACAGCUGCCACCUGGGCCCGAUUUGGUGUCUGGAUGCUGAUUGGGUUUGCUAUCUACUUCAGCUAUGGAAUCCAACACAGCCGGGUCGCUUAACUUUACUUAAGUUAGGGCCAAAACUGUAGACCUUGAACUCAGCAGUGUGUGUACACAGUUGGCUUGACAUCAUCACACCUGAAUGCAGUCUGGUCCCCCUGCACAACAAUGGAAAGUAGUCUUGAAUACAUGGAAAGCUAGGCCUCCCAUAGCAUAUUGAUGGAGGAAAUUUAAUAGAGCUUUGAAUUUAUUGUGGAGUAAAGGAUUUUUUUUGUUUUUGUUUUUUUGCUUU